AUGGCCGACGACGUCCUGCGGAUGCGCGAGCUGCUGGCGCAGAGCCUGCGCGCGCCGGAGCCGCAGCGGUCCGCGGCCGAGAGCGAGCUGCAGCAGCUGCAGCGCGCGCCCAUCACGGCUCCGUUCCUGGCAGCGCUGCUGGACAUGUGCGUGGCGGUGCCCGGCGCCGACGGCGUGCCGCGCAACUUGGCGCAGCUGGCGGCGGAGGACGCGGACGUGCGGCUGCUGGGCGUGCUGUGGCUCAAGCACUUCCUCAAGGCGCAGUGGCGGCAGCGCAAGGCCAUGAACCUGCUCUCGGACGACGAGCGCGCCCAAGCGCGCAGCGUGCUGCUGUUCGCGGCGCUGCACGAGCCGCAGCCGACGGUGGCGUUGCACUUGGCGCUGGUCGUGGCGACCAUCGCGCGCGCCGAGUUCCCGGCCCUAUGGGCGUUCGAGGCGCUGUUCCCGCCGAUGCUGCAGCCGCUGCGGCGCCAGGACGCGACGCCCGACGUGGCCAGCGAGAGACGCGGCGUGGACGUGUGCUACCGCGUGGUGAAGGAGCUGGCGGUCCGGAGACUCAUGCAGCACCGCAAGCAGUUCGCCAUGCUCAGCGUGGAGCUGCUGCCGCUGCUGCAGCAGUACUGGAAGACGGUGGCCACGCAGCUGAACGACUUCCUGCAAACACAGGUGGACGCGGCGGGACAGUCGAGUGCUGACAAGGCGGCGGCGAUUGCUGCGGCAUUGGCCACAACUGGAGCGGAGCAGCUGAACGUGCUGGUGACGACGACCAAGCUCAUCUCGACGAUGCUGCUCAAUGCGUUCCGGGACCUGUCGGCGUUGCAGAACGGCGAGCUGAUGCGCUCGGCGCUCGUGGAGUUCUAUAACCAGCUGGAGAGGCUGGAGACCAUGCUGACGCUCGACAAAUGCAUGCACCGUGUCGCUGCCAUCGUCGUGGGCGUGCAGAACUCGUACCCCAUGGAGUUCCGUGAGUACCUACCGCCGUACCUGACGCUGUUCUGGAACGUGUUCAACGCCUUCGCCUCUGAUCCCUCGACAGCGCUUCCGUCACCCACGCGAUUGCAGAUUGAUAGUCUCCAGUUCUUUGCUAAUGUGCUGAGUUGUCGGUUGUACAAGAAGGAGAGCUUAUCGGGCCCGGACGGAACGACGCGAGUGGUGUCCAAGGUCAUUACGGCGACGGGAGACGUCGCACUGACGGACGCCAUGAUGCUGGAAGCGCAAGCAGCGGUGCAGACAUUUUUCACUCAGGCUGAGAACCGGUUCGCGUCGAUGCUGAACAUGGUGGUCAUGCAUUACAUGACCUUGACGCCCAAUGACCUGAACGAGUGGCAGAGUGACCCCGAGGCAUACUGCACACUUAUGGAGAGCUUAACUGCUAAGGAGUCGGUGCGAGCUUGUGCCGAGAAUGUGUUCUUGACGCUAGUGCAGAAUUUCCCGGACCAGACGAUCCCUGCACUGACACAGAUGACUUCCAGUGCUUCGGCGUAUCUCGUGGAGCUAGGCCACGGCCAGGUAUCGACGGCUGGAGACGACCGACGAGUGCUUGAUAUGGACGCCGUGCUUUUAGCCAUCGGCUUGGGCUGCUACGAUCUGCACGAUUGCUUUGAGUUUGAGCCGUGGUUCCUUACCAACCUCGUGCCGAUCCUCGUCAACCCGAGUGCAGCGGUUGGCUCCUACCAGGGUCUACCAGUUCUUCGUUUCCGCAUUGUAUGGCUCGUGAGCUGUUGGCUAGCGCAGCUGUCGGCGAACGUGCGACCUCCGCUUUACGACGCGUUGCUCAACCCCUCGGCGUUCUUUCACCAGGCAGACGCCGAUGUGGCGCUCAAAUUGCGCAUUAUUCAAACGCUCGAGUCUAUGAUGAACGACUGGGGCUUCGAGUACGAAGCGUUUGCUCCGCUCUUACCACGAGCACUGGAGUGUUUGUUCGCGUUCUUCCCUCAGGCGGACGAGUCCGAGAGCAAGAUGAAGGUGCUGGGGUGCCUGGAGGCGAUCAUCCAGGCUUGUGGUGCGCAAAUUGUUACGUUCUGCCACCAAAUCAGUGCACCGCUUCCAGCUCUUUGGACAAACGAGAGCGAUGCUAGCAACUUGGUGCGUGGGAAAAUCCUGCAGCUGAUGGCCAAGCUUCUCGCAAGUGUGAAGGAGGCCCAGAAGAACCCUGCCGAUGUGCGUGUAGAAGCUGGCAGCGUGCAGACAUUGCUGGAUAUGUGUGUGCAGGUGAUUCGCUUUGCGACGGAUGUGGCGAACCCGGACGAGGUGUUCUUGAUGGAGAGUGGAUUGGAGCUGUGGAACGAGACGCUUAACGUGUCAACGGUCUACACCGAGGAGCUGCACUUGCUCUUCGGCAACGCGCUACGUUUAAUGGAGCGGGAUUACGAGCACGUGGCGUUAGUGCUGUCAUUACUGGAACGCUACUUGCGGCUUGGGAAGGCUCAGUUUUUGCAGACCUAUCACACAAGUGUCUCUGAGCUCCUGCAAAGGUUGGUCGGCAGCGUUAAAGCUGAGGCCUCGCUGCAGAUUGUUCAAGUGACGGAGAUAAUCGUCGCGACACUUCCAGCGGAUCAAGUGGAGUGCUUCCUGCCUGUUGUGAGAUUAAUGGUUGAAGCUUGCGUUACCUUUCAGCAGGGGGAGGCCAAACAUGAACCGGAGAGUGUGCUGGCUGGCUACUUGAGCGUCGUCGCGCGGCUGAUGACGAUCGACUUGGAAUUUACACUGAAGGGCCUAUUGGCUAACGACCAAGCCGCGUUGCUGUUGUUAGUCGAUGCGAUGCUGAAGUUGUUCUACACUGUGGGGUCAUUGCCGUUGACUCUUUUGCGACGGAAGGUGUGGGCGCUGGCCUUGUGCUCUACUCUGAUGCUGCUACAACAACCACUACUGGAAAAGACCGGUCAGGUCCUGGAGAUAUGUGUCAAAGUGAUUGAGGAUGAGCAAGAAGAGCUGAAACAAAGGCAGAGUGCUGCCGCUGCUGGCAAUGAGGAGGAUGGGGCGCGGUCAGGAGUUUAUCGUGCACUACAAGCUCACCGUAAUAAUCAGCAGCAACAACAGCCAAAUGAAGAAGAUGAGCCUAUAUUAGCGCUGGAUUUGAAGGAGUUCGUCUGCGCGAGGCUGAACGACCUCGCAACCAAGUUGGGUGGCGGUACAUUCGACCAAUUGCUGCAAACGGUUGACUCCUCGGUGCUGCGCAAGUUUCAGUCAUAG